AUGGGUCGUUCAUGGUGGAAAUUGGGGAGCCAGGCUGAACAAGACCUGCCCAGGAUGACCAGGACAGCGAAGACACCGGCACAGACGCCAUCCACCAUAGAGACGCGAUCACCGCCGGAAACGCCAGAGAAAAUGACUCCACGAGAGAGGAUGGACCCCUGCAAGGUUCAGCUCAGGAUGCUACAGGCAGCAGUUUGGAGCAUGGCCCUAGGGAUCGCGCAUCCCUUCUUCACUGAGCUCUCCAAGUCAGCUCACCUUCAUGAGUUCGAGGGCGGUGUCCUGGUGCGAGAUACACGACGGGUGAUGCCUUUCCAUUUGAUCACGCUGACUUUGACCUCGCAGACGCUGGCAGUGCUGAUUGCCGCAUGUACCAGGGCCUAUCUCUGUGGCUCCGUCCAGGUGGCUGCGCGCGAGCUCUUCGAUCCCAGGAUGGAGAAAUUCCUACCCAUUGGUAUCUUGUAUGGUGUGGGCGAUUUCCUGCAGACCAUGGCCUGCAACAAGUCCUCCACCCCAGUAGUGUUGCUGGUGGGCCAAAGCAAGCUCUUCCUUUCUGCCCUGCUCUCGAAGGUUGUCCUGGACAGCCAGCCCAAUCGCACGAACUGGCUCUGCCUGCUGACCAUUUCCCUUGCCACCAUGGCCUCCACGGAUAUCAGUGCCAACGACGCGCUGGCGCAUAGUGAAGAGUUCAAGGGAGCCUUGCUGGCCUUGCUGAAGGCCGUCCUGUCCACAACAGGUGCCGUGUGGUGUGAGCGAGUUUACAAAGGCUCUGGGCAGAGCGACUUUUGGGUAGUGUCCUUCCGCGUGCAACUGUCCAUGCUGAUGACAAGUAUCGUCUUGCUGCUGGUCAACAACAACCCUAUGGAACUCUGGGCCACUGGCUUGUUCUCCAGUGGGCCUUAUCCGGUGUGCAGCGGCGGGCUUCCUCCGGGCUGUGAGGGCAGUGUGUGCGCUUGCACCACUACAGCAGGCUGGGAUUACAAGACUUGCCUGGCAAUGGUCGCGAUAAUCCUGAAUGGCUACGCCACCGGCUUCUUCCUGAAGCACCUGUCGGCUGUGUGCAAGGCAGUGUGCAACCUGGGAAGUUCCGGACUCUGCUGUGCGGCCUGCUGGGCCAUGGGCUUUGGAUCUUGCAGCAUUGCACAGGUCUGUGUGACAGUCAUAGUGUUGCUGCAUUCUGGAGACUAUGCUCUUGAAAAAGCACAGGCGGCCAGUUGCACGAAAAGGACUGACCUGCAGGUCGCCAAUGAAGAGUGGACUGCCAACUAUUCCAAAGGCUCAACAGGAGCGGAAAAGCCCAAGUUGGCAACCGAAGAUCCUUGA